GCUCCGAGCCCACCUUGGGAACGGGGCGGGGCGCCCCGCUGGCGUCACCAGGACAACGGGCGUAGCCGGCGCCGUGUGACUCGGGGCUGUGGGCGCGCGGGCGGCUCUACGGCCAUGGUUUUCUCAAAUAAUGAUGAAGGCCUUAUUAACAAAAAGUUACCCAAAGAACUUCUCUUAAGAAUGCUGUUCAGCUUGUUGUUAAAUUUUACUUGGUCUAAUCCAGAAUGUACUAAGUAUGUACAUAGCAUUGGUCUGGAUUCUUUUUGUAAUGUGCUUCCUGAAGUGGAAUUACUGAUCAAAGAAAGAGAACAUUUUACAGCUUAUCACAAAACCAUUGCUUUCCAAAGAAUAUUUUCCUUCUUGGAUAUAGUAACUUUGUGCCGAUGUGCACAGAUUUCCAAGGCCUGGAACAUCUUAGCCCUGGAUGGAAGCAACUGGCAAAGAAUAGACCUUUUUAACUUUCAAACAGAUGUAGAGGGUCGAGUGGUGGAAAAUAUCUCAAAGCGAUGUGGUGGAUUCCUGAGGAAGCUCAGCUUGCGAGGCUGCAUUGGUGUUGGAGAUUCCUCCUUGAAGACCUUUGCACAGAACUGCCGAAACAUUGAACAUUUAAACCUCAAUGGGUGCACCAAAAUCACUGACAGCACGUGUUAUAGCCUUAGCAGAUUCUGUUCCAAGCUGAAACAUCUAGAUCUGACCUCCUGUGUGUCCAUUACAAACAGCUCCUUAAAGGGGAUCAGUGAGGGCUGCCGAAACCUGGAGUACCUGAAUCUCUCUUGGUGUGACCAAAUCACAAAGGAUGGCAUUGAGGCACUGGUGCGAGGUUGUCGAGGCCUAAAAGCUCUACUCCUAAGGGGCUGCACACAGUUAGAAGAUGAAGCUCUGAAACACAUUCAGAAUUACUGCCAUGAACUUGUGAGCCUCAACUUACAGUCCUGCUCACGCAUUACAGAUGAAGGUGUGGUGCAGAUAUGCAGGGGCUGCCAUCGGCUUCAGGCCCUCUGCCUUUCUGGCUGCAGUAACCUCACAGACGCCUCUCUCACAGCCCUGGCUUUGAACUGCCCGAGACUUCAGAUUUUGGAGGCUGCCCGAUGUUCCCAUUUGACUGAUGCAGGCUUUACACUUUUAGCUCGGAAUUGCCAUGACCUGGAGAAGAUGGAUCUUGAAGAAUGCAUCCUGAUAACCGACAGCACACUCAUCCAGCUCUCCGUUCACUGUCCUAAACUGCAAGCCUUGAGUCUGUCCCACUGUGAGCUCAUCACUGAUGAUGGGAUCCUGCACCUGAGCAACAGCACCUGCGGUCACGAGAGGCUGCGGGUACUGGAACUGGACAACUGUCUCCUCAUCACCGACGUGGCCCUGGAGCACCUGGAGAACUGCCGCGGCCUGGAGCGCCUGGAGCUGUACGACUGCCAGCAGGUUACCCGCGCAGGCAUCAAGCGCAUGCGGGCUCAGCUCCCUCACGUCAAAGUCCACGCCUAUUUUGCUCCUGUCACUCCUCCGACCGCAGUGGGAGGAAGUGGCCAGCGACUUUGUAGGUGCUGUGUCAUCCUCUGACGACAGCUGCCUGAGCCCAAGGCACAAUGAGAUGUUUCUUCCUCCAGAGAAGACCCAAGUCUUCCCCACCUGCUCCACCUUCACCCAAAUCUCUUGGUUCUCCACUGGGAAAGACAUUUACAGGUAAAAGACUUCAGUAACUGGUGAUAGUUUUCACCUUUAGUCUACCACGAUGCAAUCAAAUCAAAGCCUUGUGUCUGUCAGCACAUGGCAAGAGUGGUCUCAGUGCCGCCUGGAACAUGCAAGAGACCUGAAUCUAAGAGGUGGGUGCCUUCUUAGGUACAGAAGUUCUGCUGUUGGCUUUGUCAGCAUUCCUCAAUAGACCAUCAGUGUUAGCACAAAUCAAGCAGAAAAAAUAAGCUGUUGAUUUUUUCUACCUGAUACUUAAGCCAGUGGCCUACUUUAAUUCACAUUGAUUUCAUUUUGAUUAGCAGGACUUUUUCCACUUGAUGAAACAGCAAAACUUUCUCAAAGUGACCUGUACUGCAAAUUCGUGAUGCCUGAGAGUUUUAUAUGUAGACUUAGGUGGGAGGCAAGUUAGUAGAUUUCCAUGAGACACCAAAGAAAUGAGGACUCAGAAUUGGGUGGAGCAGGGUCUUCACCUUUCUGUUUCUGUCAGCUUGUCAUCUACACUUUUGGGGACCAGAAACUAAACAAACACAACUCAGAGGCUGUGUUGCCUGACUGGAAAUAAGCUGUGGCGUGCGCUACAGCAGAGUGCAUUUUUGUUGUAGGAGAAAAGCUAAUCAUGUCAUCUCUCACAAAAUUUGGGGGACCUUAAGGAAAUAGAAUUAAGGCUUAAGUUAUCUAUAAUAUAUAUAAUCAAUUAAAAAUAAUGAAUGGAUGCAUGUAGAAUGGGUGUGAUUUUUUUCCAAGUUUAUUUUAAAAUCUUAGAAAUCAAGUUACACCAGAACUAUUCAAAAAUUGUACACACUUAAAACUCAGAUCAGUAAAGUGUUGGCACCUUUUAGACUCAUAAAAAUGAAUAAACCAUUGCAAUGCUUAAGUCAGAGGGUUUUAUUGCUAUAAUCUUAAUGGCAGACAAAUCUGAGCAAAACCAUUUUCCAAAUUCAGACCUUCUUAGUAUUAUCUAAAAUCAGGAUAAGCUCUGGUUUCCAUUCUGUGCUGUUCACAUGUGUAGUAUUUAUUAAGAUUAGGAACCCAUCACCACUCUCACAUUGUGAACUUCAGUGUUCAUGGCAGCUGACCCUUCCUAACAACCAGCACAGAGCUCACGGGGAGCUGGAGUGGAACAAGCCGAGACGGUUAUUUUCCCACAACUGCAGGGCUUCCUUUACACGGGCCGUUUAGGAGCAUUCAGGUUACAAUGGAAGAGAAGGCAGGUGCACACACGACCCCUGUUAAUUUAACAAGACUAUCAGAAUGAGCAUCCAGGCCCUGAUGGAGUCAGGGCCGGACGAUGUCCUCCAGUAUUGCCCGGUCUAGCAUGUGUGCUUUUAUACCACAGCGACAAUUUUGAUAUACGUUGACACCACUCUGCGUGGGGGCGUGACUGAUGUAGGAAGCUAUUUAAAUAAAAAGCAUAAAAC